AUGGCAUUGGCGCCUUCAAAUAUUGUUACGGAGAUGUAUCCGCCUGGCUCUGAUCCCCAGCCAAUAUUAACAGGAAAAAGAGCCGAGGCUGUGGCUAUUCUAAAGCAGAUUCCUGAGGCGAAUGAGGUCCGCUUUGAGCCCAUACAGACUGAUAAAAAGCGCGCUCCUAAGCUGCAAAUUCCACCCUAUAUUGAUAUUAUGGAGCCGUAUCAAAUCUUUAGCCUAUUCUUUACCGAGGAUUUAUUCAAAGUUCUCGCUGAUAAUACAAAUAUGUAUGCGUACGCGAAACUAUCAAAGAAUAUGAACCCACACCACCGAAAUUGGCGAUCAACAACACCUGGAGAACUCAAGGCUUUUGUGGGAGCUCAAAUAUAUAUGGGAUUUACUAAGGAACCCCAGCUGAAAGAUUACUGGGACGAGGAGAAGCAUAACAAAUCAGUUCAUGCCAACCACCCGUUAUCUAACUAUAUAACGUGCUUCCGGUUUGAGCAAUUGAAGCGCUUUUUUCAUAUAUCUGAGCCCUCUGAGGUCCCCGGAGGCUUUAUAUCAACAUAUUACCGCCCGGAGCCUACGGAGGAAGAGGAAUUACAACUAAGCGAGGAGCAAUUGAGCGGUAUCUGGUGGCAUAAAGUUCAUACCGUGUUUGAUAUACUGCGAAAAGCUUCAAAAAAUCUAUAUAUUCCUUCGUCCAAUAUAUCGAUUGAUGAGGCAAUGGUGUGUAGCCACGGAAGAUCUUCUCACACAUAUAAAAUGCCUAAUAAACCAAUCAGCCAAGGCUUCAAGAUAUUCGUUCUUGCGGAUCAUGGUUAUUGCUACUAUUUUUACCCGGCAAGCCGUACAAAGGGGGUUGUUGAGGUGGGAAUGGCAAAGGAGCUUACUAAAACGGGCCAAAUGGUGUAUGAGCUCGUACAAACGCUGCCAAAGGACAAUAAAACAUAUGAUUUGUACCUUGACAACUACUUUACUAGCGUUAAUCUAUUCAAAGCGCUUCGAGAGAUACAAGUUGGGGCUUGUGGCACUACUCGGCCUCAUAAAGAGUUCCCCAAUCUGCUCAAAAAACUCAAAGAUUUGGGGUCAUAUAUCCCAUAUCACAAAGUUUGUGCUAUCCCUGUCAAUGACGUUCUCUGCGUUGCAUGGCAAGAUAAUAAUAUUGUCCUUGCACUCACCACAAUUCAUACGGUUGAUCAGACAGAUGAUUAUAUUGAGCGUACGCGCCGAAGGCCUCAAAAGACCUCAACAAAUGGCCCCCUGGUGCAUAAAGAAUUCGGCGAACAAGCGGUCAAAAAUAUGCCUAUCCCACGCUUUAUUGAUGAUUACAAUUCCCAUAUGGGAGGGGUGGAUAUAGCCAAUCAGCAUAGAGCAGUAUAUGAUACUCAUAUAAAAGCUUUUCGCUCAUGGUGGCCCUUAUGGAACUGGUGCCUAGAUGUAGGCAUUGUCAACGCCUAUAAAAUUCAUUCUGUACGUUGUAAAGAACUGGGAAUAGCUUCACUUACCCAUUCCCAGUUCCGAAGGCAGCUUUCUAAGUCGCUUUUACUAUUUGCUCCUCCAAUGGCGCGCUAUAUGCAGCCGACAAGCACAAAGAAACGCAAGACAGAGGAUCUACAGCCUCCAAAACCACAGAAUAACACUUCCUUACCACAUUUGGUAGUAAAAAGUUAUUUAAAGGUUCAAAAACGCUGUAUUUGGUGUCUAUAUAAGAAUCCUAAGCGUCAAACCGGCCAAAGCCCGUCAUUUACGACGUUUAUAUGCCAGGCCUGCGACGUGCCACUUUGCCGGCCGGAGACCGGAAGAACGUGCUUCCGGAACUUUCAUAUGUGUUAA